AUCUGCUGCUGGUGGAGGCUGCGGUGCGCCCCAGGGCCUUGCUGGUGUCCUUGCGCCGGGCGCAGGUGACGUCCGCUUGGAGCUCAGGCUUCCUUGGUCACCAUGAAGCCGCGGCACCUGCUCUUCCACGGCUGCCUCCUCUUGGCCCUGCUCGGCUCUUGGAGAACUGCUCCUGAGGCUCAAGCGCUGUCUGCGGGGGCACCGGCCAUCAGUGCCGCCUCCUUCCUGCAGGACCUCAUGCGUCGCUAUGGUGAGGGGGACAGCCUUACCCUGCAGCAGCUGAAGGCCCUACUCAACCACCUGGACGUGGGUGUGGGCCGAGCGAACGUCACCCAGCCAGGGCCGGAGCAGAAGAACCUCUCCAGGUGCUUCAGUUCUGGGGACCUCUUUGCGGCCCACAAUCUUAGCAGCCAGUCACGGAUCGGGAGCAGCGAGUUCCAGGAGUUCUGCCCCACCAUCCUCCAGCAGCUGGACUCCAAGGCUUGCACCUCCGAGAAGCAGGAGAAUGAGGAGAACGAGAAGACGGAGGAGGGGAAGCCAAGCACCCUGGAAGUGUGGGGACACGGUUUCCUGUGUGUGACCGUCAUCUCCCUGUGCUCCCUCUUGGGGGCCAGCGUGGUGCCCUUCAUGAAGAAGACUUUUUACAAGAGGCUGCUGCUCUACUUCAUAGCCCUGGCGAUUGGAACCCUCUGCUCCAAUGCCCUCUUCCAGCUCAUCCCCGAGGCUUUUGGCUUUAGCCCCAUUGAAGAUAAUUACGUCUCCAAGUCUGCAGUGGUGUUUGGGGGCUUUUACCUUUUCUUUUUCACAGAGAAGAUCUUGAAGAUGCUUCUUAAACAGAAAAAUGAGCAUCAUCAUGGACAUAGCCAUUAUGGCUCUGAGGCACUGCCCUCCAGGAAGGACCAGGAAGAGGGGGUGACAGAGAAGCUGCAGAACGGGGAACUGGACCACAUGAUCCCUCAGCACCGCAAUAGCGAGCCGGACGGCAAGUCCCCCUCGAUGGAUGAGAAGGUCAUUGUGGGCUCGCUCUCCGUCCAGGACCUUCAGGCUUCCCAGAGCGCGUGCUACUGGCUAAAAGGGGUCCGCUACUCUGAUAUCGGCACCCUGGCCUGGAUGAUCACCCUGAGCGACGGCCUCCACAAUUUCAUCGACGGCCUGGCCAUUGGUGCCUCCUUCACCGUCUCUGUCUUUCAAGGCAUCAGCACCUCCGUGGCCAUCCUCUGUGAGGAGUUUCCGCAUGAGCUCGGAGACUUUGUGAUCCUGCUCAAUGCCGGCAUGAAUAUCCAGCAAGCUCUCUUCUUCAACUUCCUCUCCGCCUGCUGCUGCUACGUGGGCCUGGCCUUUGGGAUCUUGGCCGGCAGCCACUUCUCUGCCAACUGGAUCUUUGCCCUGGCUGGAGGAAUGUUCUUGUAUAUUUCUCUGGCGGAUAUGUUCCCUGAGAUGAAUGAGGUGAGCCAAGAGGACGAGAGGAAGGGCAGUAUGCUGGUCUCCUUUGUCAUCCAGAACCUGGGCCUCUUGACCGGAUUCACCAUCAUGCUGCUGCUCACAAUGUAUUCAGGGCAGAUCCAGAUUGGGUAGAGCCCUGCCAUGUGCCAGUGGACUCCGAAGUGGGGCCCUUCGCUGCCCGAUCCCUGGCCCGAGGACUCAGCAUCUGCAAUAUACCACCGGAGAGGCAUCAGUUUCUUUUGAAAACUGGGCCACAGACUAUAUGCCCGCAUCCAGGUGCUGGCCGUUGUCGCCCUGCUCAGUCCUAGGCAUACACUGCCCGGACAACUGGUCCCUGGGCAGUGCCUCUCCCCCGGCCCCUCCCUCUCUGCCCCAGCAGCUCUGGAACCCAAAUCCCACUUAGAAGAUAAGCCUCACUUUUUGCCUCUGACGACCCGGCCUUCUUUCUCUUUGAACCAGCACUGAGAGAUUUUGAAUUCUGAUUUACCACACAUGCACAAAUCUAGCCAUGGGGCCCAGCUCGGCUAGAGAUACCAGGAGCUGAAUCUGUAAUUUGGGGCCGACAAAUCUAAAUCUCCCAUGCCAGACGCCUUCAGGCGGCCCAUUUUGAGAUUGGAGCUGACCUGUUUUUACAGAGAAGGGGCAGAAGAUGGGGGUCCCUCCUGUGUCCUCCAAGUCAGUUCAGUUGGCUGUCCCUUCUCAGAGAGAAGUGCCGCAGAACACAGGCGGGGUGAGCGAGGAGGGGGCAAAGCAGGAUGGCCACUUAGCCCCUUGGGGAUGCUGGCUGUGGAUGCGUGCUGCUGUCCCCACGUGUCGACUCCGUGGCCCACAUGUCCUCUUCGCAGAAUAACAUGGGAAGAAGGGGGGGGCAGGGGGCCUGCCCGAAAUCCAUUGCUUUGGCGCUGGUCGCUCGGGGCAGUUGGCUGCCCAUCUGGAAGCACACUUCGUGCACAGAAGAGGCUGGUGUUGCAGAGAGACUGCACAAACUGCGCCCCCGUCAAGACCGCUGCAAGCGGGCACGUUGCCUUCGAGGACUGGUGUGCAGUUUAUGCCCUGCCACCUCCUGCCAGGGUCUCCAGGACCGGAAUCCACGCAGGCACGAGUUCGCUCCUGCUCAUGCCACACGUACGUUGGGCCAAGUAGCACGGCACUUUGAGCUACAAGGGCAGACCCCCGGACUGGCACGCAGAUGCUUGUAGAGCAGAGACCCCCGACUCACAGCAGAUGGGGUUCCCACGGCACUCUCUGGGUUACCGCUUCUUCCCUCACUCCCACACCACAAAACAGCCGAGUCUGGUUUUAAAUCGACGAUUAAUCGCCCUCAUCCUCUUCAGAAAGUGGAUGGAGACACGUGUCUGUGAAACCGCGGGUCCGCCUCGGGCACUGGGGAGCUUUCUCCUCAAAACUGGCUUCAGGGGGAGCUCUUCUCCGGGUUCACCAGGUGAACUGAUUUAUUAUUAUCAUAUUGAUAAUGCAAGAGUCUUGGGCCACUUUGGGGGAAGCCGUCUCUCCUGAAGUCUAACUUAGUGGCACCCACACACAGUUGCAGCCCUGGCUGGGGGAGCAGAGGCAGCGUGUGCGGCUGACGGGGGUCUGGCUCUACGCACGUGCUUCCAGGUUUCUGCUUGCUCACACACAGCAGCUUUUCACUAGACUAUGAAUUAAAAGCAUCUGUUUCAUUUUUUCCUUCUUGGGAAACUUCCCUCCAACCAGGAAUAGUCUUGAAAAGAACAUGGGGGGAACUGCUGGUCACCUUUUAUCAGUCUCACGCCCUGUCUCCUGCUCUUGCUGUUGACUGAGGGGUCUGCAGACGGAGAGGAAAGUGGAGCUCUUAAGAGUCUAGAUUAAAUGUCAGGCUCGACCCCUGAUGGGAUUCUGAUCCACGUUUACCAAAGAACCAAUUCCUUAAAGGAUGGAAUCGAAUUUUGUGUUUAUAUUCUCUUCAUUGUUACUGUUUGAAAACAAUCCUUUGUCUCUUGUGUUUUUUUUUUCCUCAACAACAAAAAAUGCUUCUAGGAGCCAGCAGAAAGUAACACUAAAAACUAAGACUUUAGGAAAGUCUUGCUUGACUUAACUCACCUGGAUAUAUUCCCUUGAUAAUUUUAGCAUUCCCUGUCCACCCUGUCAUUGCUUAAACAUAAUGUUUGCCUGGGGUAGAGCACUGAGGGUUUGUGGCUUUCUAGUGUAGGAGCACUAAAUAAAAACCUAGACUAUGAAAUAGGAUGGUGCUUUCCUUUCCUCCAUACCUGUCUCCUAAGAGCUCCUCAUGGACAGUGGCCUCCCAGGGACAUGGUCUAAACUGUGAUUGGUGCCAGCAUCUUGGGACUCUUGGGGACUGGAGACACUGAGAUGGCCCAACUGAUUGGAUGUUGCCUUCGGGAAGAGAUUUGCCUCCUGACUUGAGUGGUUGGCCAUUUCUUUUUGUCUUUUUAAGUGUAGAACUUGCUGUUUUAAGCAUUUGUACAUAUUAGAAGUCUAAGAAGCAGCAAAUGAUCUGGAGGAAUUUUUCACCCGUGACAUUAGCAUCGUGAAACUCUUUCUUCUCAGGCCGGACCAGGUCCUGUUAGCUUCAGAAGGAAGGUAUGUGGAGGAGGGCUCACUGGAGAGAGGGGCUCUGCUCCUGAUCGCCCUCGCCCCAGGAUGCAGGUUGCCUUCUGUCCUUACUCCCCAAAGGUAGUUUGGGUUUAGUGUCGAUUUGGGAUUACCCCUUAUUGGUCCUUCCCCCUCUGGUUCAAAAAAAGAAAGUCUCUCGGUUGGAUAUCUUGAAGUCUAUUUUUCAGUGAGUCCCCAAGUCCCCUUUCAAAUAUAUGCUGGAAAUCUGCUUUGUAAAAAAAAAGUCUUUGAUCUUUGCAAAAGCUAGAGGUUGGGUCUUUAUUGUCCAUAUUUCCCUUUACAGUUCUGCAAUUCCAUCACAGUAUUUUUUUUUUUUAAUAACUCAGGUGUUUAAGAGAAGAAAUUAGAAAAGAAAAUAACUUAUGUGGACUGUAAAUGUUUUAUUUGUAAAAUUCUAUAAAUAAAGCUAUAUUCUGUAA